CUAACACACAGUAGAAGGAGGUGGAUAAUUACCCAACAGCGCUCUCCUCCAGGCCAACUCUGUCCCUGGUCCGGACCGUCCAGUGUGCCUCCGCUGUGUCCAGGUAGAGAUGAUGAAGACGCUGCAGGUCCUCCAAGGGUCACUGCUGCUGCUGCUGCUGGUGGCAGGUGUUUGCAUCGAUGGGUACAAACCGGUCGUCAUCGUUCACGGCCUGUUCGAUGGACCGAAACAGUUCGACAUGUUGUCUCAGUACAUCAGAAAGGCGCAUCCAGGCACUGAAGUGACUACGAUCAGCAUGUUUAACAACAAGACCAGUCUGAUGUCACUGUGGUGGCAGGUCCUACGCUUCAGGAGGGCCUUAACCUCCAUCAUGCAGAAGGCUGCUGAUGGCGUCCAUCUUCUGUGCUUCUCACAAGGCGGCGUGAUAUGUCGAGCUCUUCUCUCCACGAUUCCGAACCACAACGUUCACACCUUCAUCGCGCUUUCAUCCCCGCUGGCUGGACAAUAUGGAGCAACAGAAUACCUGAGGCAGGUAUUUCCUAAAUACUUGAAGAAGACAGUGUAUCUUGCUUGCUACAAAAAAAGUGGACAGUUAAUAUCUAUCUGCAACUACUGGAAGGACCCUCACCAAAGAUCCCUCUACCUGCAGUACAGCAACUUUCUGCCACUGCUCGAUGGUGAAAAACCUCACAAGGACAUGAAAGCUUGGAGGAAGAACUUCCUGCGCAUCCAGAAGCUGGUGCUGAUUGGAGGACCGGAUGAUGGCGUCAUCACACCAUGGCAGUCCAGCCACUUUGGUUUCUUUGACAGCAGUGAAAACGUGGUGGAGAUGAGAGACCAGUGGUUCUACAAGGAGGACACCUUUGGGCUGCAGACGCUGGACGUGCGUGGCGACGUGGCGCUGUGUGCUCGUGCUGGUGUGAAGCACACUCACUGGCACUCCGACUACAGCGUGUUCAGCAGCUGCAUUGAGAAGUGGCUCAUAUAGAACCAGGUGCUGGUACCAGACAGUUUCCAGCUGAGGACCAGCACUGCUGACAGAUGCUGCUACGCUUGUUCAUGCUGAUUGUGCAACAGAAGAAAAGAGCCAUGAUUGGAGCUGCUGCUUGUGUGAUCCCCACCAUGAAGGCCUCAUCACUCACUGGAGUCAGAUUCAGCUGAUUUCACUGUUAAGCAGCAUUAGUGGGUAGACGGCCACGAUCACAGUACAGAGCCAAGAUGAGUCCAAUAACCUGAUGCUCAUCAUCACGUCAACAUCUAGCUGAUGUCAGACCUGAUGACCUGCUAAACCAAUCACCUGCACUACAUUUCUGAUCUUUUACUGUAAAUUAAUCCUUGUUGUUUCCUCCAUGAAGGCCUGUCGUCGAGUCUGGUUGAAAAAAUAAAAAAACGCAGAAAGAAAAA